AGAGGAAACCGCCCCUCUCGCGAGGGCCACUACUGGACGCCCUCAAAAAAAUAGGAAUACUGGACGCCCCUUUCUCUCCCUCCCCGAAUAUAGUACUUGGUUCUCUCCCUGUAAGUGCUUUUAUCAUUUUACCCCUUUUCAGAGGGAGGCUCUAGUUGCAGAAUUGAGCACCAAAAAAAGUUAUUGUGCCACAAACUUGCAUAAAUGAAGACGAAAAAGCCGCCACUUUUUGCAUUUGAUCAGAGGGGCUGUAUGCGAUACGAAAACUUAACGGUAUGUCACAAUAAACGUUCAAGGGCCCACAACAACCAUUAGAUCCCGGCCGUGAAAGCCUUCGCGAAUACAUUGCCCACAGUAAUGUUUUCAAACAAAAGAACGAGAUCGUUCUUCGCACUGAAUCUGUUAAAGCCACGAAACCGGGCUGAAGGCUAGAAUUCUGAUCUCUACAAUCACUCGAGAUGAGCCCCCGCAAGUGUAAAAACAAACAAACCCCGCUGCCGAUAAAGACGGCUCAUCAUUUUUAAAAGGGGGGAAGAAGAAGAAGAAGAAGCCGCCCUUUUCCUGCCUUCACGCCUUGGCUACCCGGAUGUAGCUCGCUUCCGGGUGUGAGGUUGAUGCCAGUAGUUGGUCGGGGGGCCUGCCAUUCUGGUCGUCGGCCGGGCGUCGUUCGACGGCCGGGGCAUGGAGCUCGAGGCGGAGGCGUUGUUGCAAGAGGCGCGCGAGAGCGUCGAGGCGGCGCGUACCUACCGCCGGGAGCUGCAACACCGCCUGAAGGGGCUCCACCUGGCCCGCCAGCAGAUCAAAGAUAGCGCUGCGCUGACAAGAGAGGUACUUGAACAACAUUUUAAUGAUUUAAAAGGGACCUUAAGGAAGCUGCUGGAUGAGCGGCUACUGUCCUUGCUGCAGGAGGUUGAUGCUAUAGAACAGGAAAGCAUCAAGCCACUGGAUGAAUGUCAGAAGCUGAUAGAGCAUGGAGUUGGCACGGCUGAUGAACUCCUCCAGGAAGGUGAGAGUGCUAUUCGUGACGCAAAAGAGCAGAACAGCGACAAACUAUGCAACUUUACCAAAAAGGCUUUGCAUAUUCAGCUGGAUAGUUUACCUGAAGUGCCAUCGCUGGUUGAUGUGCCUUGCUUAUCUGCCCAGUUGGAUGACUCUUUGCUUACAAUAGUGAGAAGUCAGAUCUUUGAUCAUGGAACAGUAGCAUCUCGGCCCCCGGUACAGAUAGAAGAACUGAUUGAGAAGCCUGGAGCUAUCCUAGUGCGGUGGUGUAAGGUUGAUGAGGACUUCCUCCCGCAAGACUACAGGCUUCAGUAUCGCAAGAGCACUGCCAGUCACUUUGAAGAUGUGUAUGUGGGCUCAGACACUGAAUUCAUCGUGUUGCACAUUGAUCCCAAUGUCGAUUACCAGUUCAGGGUUUGUGCGCGAGGAGACGGCCGUCAGGAAUGGAGUCCGUGGAGUGUUUCUCAAAUUGGUCGUUCCACGUUAGUGCCUCAUGAAUGGACUCCUGGCUUGGAGGGCUACAGCCUGAGCAGCCGAAGAAAUAUAGCACUUAGAAAUGAUUCACAAGUGGGUGGAGUGCUGUACUCCAAGGCUCCAACCUACUAUUGUGGUCAAACCUUGACAUUCCGGGUUGAAACAGUUGGCCAGACAGACAGAAAAGACAGUAUAGGUGUAUGUGUGGAGCAACAGCACGAUUGUGAUUCUUUACAGCGAGAUAAAGCAGUGUGUGUUAGCACAAAUGGGGCUGUCUUUGUAAAUGGAAAAGAAAUGACCAACCAAUUGCCCGCAGUGACUUCUGGAUCAGCUGUGACCUUUGACAUUGAAGCUGUGAAUUUGGGCUCUUCCACCCACAAUGAGGGCGGCAGCAUCAAGCUCAGAGUGACAAUUAGUUCCAACAACAGGGAAGUGGUCUUUGACUGGGUCCUUGAUCAGUGGUGUCAUUCACUUUACUUCGGAUGUUCCUUCUCCUAUCCAGGCUGGAAAGUUCUGGUUUUCUAAUAACUUCUACCCUCUGAAGCAGUGAUGGCUUUAAAUGGCCAGUCUUCAAAUGGCUGGACUCACUGAUGCAAUGAUUUACUAGUACAGACUCUUGAAACUUCGUGUGCUUUUAGGACACUGAUGUGGGUCUGUGCAGGUGUAAGCCCCUUAAUGUAGCUUUGACAUUACUUGAACUUGGUCCUGUCUACUGGAUUCAUGUAAAAUGCUGGUUAAAACAUUUAGAAUAACCUGAAAAAUUAAGCAGGCUCUUACAAUGGCUAUCAUAUUACUUAUUGGGGGGAUGUUUUUUAAGUGAAAGGAAAAGCCAGUGUUGACCCUAUACUCUUGAACGGUUUGCUUAUAGAACAGCAAUAUCUCUGCCUAAUGCUAUUCUUCUAGCUCAGGUUUGAUGAACCAAAGUUAUGUGCAAUCCAGGUACUGAAACAGGAAACUGCAGCUUGGCAUUCUACUUUCAGAUGCUGUCUAUUUGGCACUAAUGCUUCCUGCCCUGUCAAGUACCUUUAUAACUCAGCUAACGUUAUUGUUUGCUGCAGCCCCAUAAAGAUCCCAGAGUGAAAGCAUUACUUUUGAAAUGUGAUACCAAUGUGCCUUCAUUUUAGGCUUUUGUCAAACAGGAUUGUCUACGCUGCAGCAUACAUUUCAAACACAGUAGCUGAGUCAGUGGAAUUACUGUAUUGGCCUUGAUGUAAACCAAACUCUUGUGUGAAAUGUUGUCGAUUUUCUUUCAGAGACCCAUUCCGGCGAAUCCCAUAGAUAGCAAGUGACUUUAACAAAAUGACGCCACGUCACAUUUUCAGUCACAUUUUCAGAUUCUGCUUCAGAGGCAGCCAAGGCUGUUCUGAAACAUAGGUAUUACACCCCUCUCUACUUGUGCAUGGGUUGAAAGAGCAGUUUUGUAUUAAUUGAGCUAUUAAGGACAUUUUGGAAUGUGACUACUCCUGUAGGAAAGGAAGCAUCAUGUGGAAAAUGGUACAUAUAAAUCCAUCCAUUGUGAGUUUUUUUAAAAUAUUUUGCUAACUUAAAAAGGGACACUUUUGGGCAAAUAGAAGUAUUGAACAGUCAUGGCUGUGGUGCUGGCACAGAUGCUCAAGUUGUCCUUAGCCUCAGAGUGCAAAGAGAUGAUAAUGCCCACUUUCUGCACUCACCAAGGUCUUCUUGUGUGCAUUGAAAUCUCAAGGCCAGUGGUAGCAGGUGCUUUAAUUCAGGAAGUCAUAGUCGAAUGCCUUGGACAUAACCCUAUGGCUGAACACCUCUGAAGAAAAGCACAGCAUGGAAAGGGUUAAUGUUCUAAGGCAGCGGUUCCCAUCCUUGGGUCCCCAGAUGUUCUUGGACCAGAGCUCUCAGAAAUCUUGUCCAGCACAACUAGUGGUGAAAGCUUCUGCGAGUUUUUGUCCCAGAACAUCUGGGAACCCAAAGUAGGGGGAACACUGUUCUAAGGACCUCUUUUCUCCCCUUUGCCUCAAACCAGUGUUUCUUUGUGUUCUAUUGUUUCCAGAGCCUCUGUAUUUCACUUGCACCCCAACAAUUAUCUCCUUGCCUUAUUAUUCUUAUGCUCUGACAGGGCAGGACAUGUUGUGUUUCCUCUUACAAAAUUCCAUGAGCAAACUGAUUGGCCCACUGAGUUAUCCACAUCUCAUGAUUAAUCUGUGUGACCGUGAGGGAGAAAACAAAACUAGUGUAUAAGAUAGAAGAUGACACAGAAGGAUACAGCGAUGAGGUCAAGUUCUGUAUUUGCCAUGGAGGGUUGAAAAUGUUGCCUGUGAAUUUCGACGUAUCAGUGUACUUCUGAACAGUAAUGUAGCCUUUCUGUUUGCCAAGAGGGAGAACAGAGGCAGAUUCUCAUUUUCUGUAGCUCCCUUGUGUGUUGAGUUCACAGCUUGGGGGGCUACCUGUAAACAUAGAAUUCAUUCUCACAAGAGUAAAGCAGGGCCUUCACUUGAAAAUAAACUUCUUGGCCUCAUUUUCCCCCUCAGCCAUGGGAUACAAAGAUGUAAUUAAAACUCCGUUUUCACCCAAAGGUUCAUGAAAAGGGCAUUGCUAAUUCUCAUGCUUCCAUUUAGCCUGAAUGCUUUCCUGGUUGGGCUACAGAAUUCCCCCCUCCCCUUUCCGCCAAAAGUCUUGGCUAGUUCUCCAUAGCUUGAAAAAAACUGAUAUGGGAAGAAAAGUCUUGCGAGCCAGGUGUGUUAGGUAACACACUCCGUUAGAGCUAUAUAGAAUAUUCUCUUAUAGUUGAUACAGAGACCUAAAGGCUCAGAGUUAGAUAACUGGCCUGAUAAUUGAACAGGGACUAAAAUAUUCAAAUAUUUUUGUAAAGGAUUUCUGAUACCUCUCUUUUUGUUUUCAUAUGUAACGAUUCCUGAAAGUGUUGGGUACUUUUCUAGACUUUACUCACAUAGUGUUACUGAGAUGACUAUACUGUACGUAUUUGGAGCCAACAUUGGGACAGACGUAUGCUUAGGAAAUGUGUAUUCAUUUACCUCAAGAUACUUUGUUUCAUGACUUUUUAAUAAAAGUUUUUCAAACUGUUUGUUA